AUGUCAGGUUGGUUCGACACGAAGUCGUUCACGUCUCUCGCUAAAUCCGCUCUCUCUCAAGCCCAGAAGCAAUUGGAUAAGGCACUAGAAGCCGUCAAUGAUGAAGAGAGUGCAUCAGAUAGCUCUGAUAUCGAUCCGUUUGACUCGUCGGGUUGGGCGACGAGGAAACCGAAACUGAAAAAAAAUAAGCAAAGUCGAACGUCGAAAGAAGAGCUGAAAGCUGUCGAUGAAAAGUAUGGAGAGACUCUCCCUGAAGCGAAAAAAGUGGAUCCGCCACCGGCUGGAGAAUCGAAGGCCACAACCAUCGACGCGUCUCCAGCUGCGGCAGUCACUUCCCAAGUCAAGGCAUCGCCAGACGCAAUUGUGGGACCUAUUACUGUGCAGAUCCGGUCCCAAAAAACGGAAGGAGAUGAAAAAGAUGAAGGACCUAUGGAGGAGAAUGGAAUCCCUCCCACUGAAGCCACGCCGUUGAUGAAAAUCAGUAGCGAUUCGGUAGAGACGACGGUUCAGUCCGAUCUAGAUUUCAGCAUGCUGGAAGAGACCAAGGAUGAUUUUUUCCGGAACCCGAGCUCGAAGUCGUCGUCUCCUGUGUGUCGAUCCGAUUCCUCGGGAGGAGCUCCGUGUAUGGAUAUCGAGACGGCGGCAUCGUCUGACAUUGAGAUCAUCUCAGCGAUCAACUCGACGCCCAGUGAAGCAUUGAACCAAGAUCAGAGUAAUCUCUGGGAAUCAGAUGUUCUCUCGAACGCGCUGCGUGAACUAUCGGGGGAAAUGCCUGGACCCACGGCAAUGGAAACUCUCCUGCACGCCAGGGAGCAAAAGAUCAUGACCCUCUCCUCGGACAAUGCUCGUCUGGUGGAAGAAAACGAGAAACUGCGCCAGAGGGUGGCUCAGCUCGAAGCUCGUAAUCUCGAAUCAUGUCGGAACUCAUCGGAACAGGUGCAGCAAUUGUUGACUGAAGGAGAUAAGCUGGCGAAGGAGGUACUGGAGAAGUCGAACAUGCUUAAGAAGCUACGCGCCAAAGAAAAAGAGCAAAACGAGUUGCUGAAGAAACACACGAAAACAAUCGACGAGCUCAAUAUUCAGCUCGAUCGCCUGAGGAAAUCGAUGACCCAGAAAGAUGCGCAAGAGAAGCUGCAUAUCGGUCAGAUACGCGAGCUCAAAGCCGCUAAAAUCACCGCAGCAGAUCUCAAAUGUCAACUCGACCAGGCGAAGAGCAGAUGUUCCGAGCUCGAGAGCCGUAAUGCGAAGAUUCUGAUGGAGUCGAAAGUGAUGACCGCUUCAGUGGAACUGAGCGCCCAAGAUCAAUUCCGCUCCGGUAUAGCGGAACUAAAAGCCCAGCAUGCUGAAGAAGUCGACCACUUGAAACAAAAGGUUCUUCAGUUGGAGUCUUCCUUGAAGAAAGCCGAGCUCAUAAUAUCCCAGAAUGAACAACAUGGCAAUGGACUCCGGCAGGAGGUGCUGUCACUCCAAGAGAGAAAUCAGGAAUUGACAGAGAGUCUCUCGUUGGCUACCGCCCCAUACGUCCGGGAACUGGAUAAAAUGAAAGCUUUGUGUGAUAGUGAGAGGAAAUCUUUCGAGAACGAGAUCGUCAAUCUUCAGCGGGUCGUAGAGACCCUCAGGCAGAAGCUAUCGGACCUAGAGGAGAAGAGGAACGCAGCGGUAUCGGCGAAAGAUGAAAUCGAGGCGAAAUGUAGAAAAUUGACGGAGGAAGUCUCAUCCUUGGAAAAUCUAGUCCAAGAAGCCAAGCGAAGUCAGGCUCCGGUCAAGAUCAUCGACCCGGCUACUUUAGAAUACAUCGAAGUUCUGAAGAGCCAACUCGUAGAGAGAGAAGACGCCAUCACGAAAAUGAACCAGGCAAUAGAGCUCUUAAAAUCCAAAGAAACUUCGCUACAACAGAAAGUUCUGACUCUCGAAAGGAGUGUUGAAUUUGAAAAACAGAAGAGUCGUUUGGAGGCUCUUGAGCCACGGCCAGCAUCGCCGACAAUCUCGACGAGGUCCUCGCUGGGUUCGUCGGACUUCGAGAAGAAUGAGAAUUAUUCUGCGUUUGCCGGGAACGUCAAUUCGCCGAGCGUCCUGGACAAUAUGUCGUCUCAAUUGAAGUUGAAAGAUGGCCAGAUGCUGCAACUUCGGGUCGAACUCUCCCAACUGAAAAAGUCGCGAGACACGCUGUCCGAUCAAAUGGCGGAAAUGUCGUUGGAGCUGGAGCGCUACAAAGAGCAAGAAGACGAACUAGCAGAUGUCACAGAGAAAUACGAAGCCCUGCUGCAGAUGUAUGGAGAGCUGGUAGAAAAAUCCGAUGAAUUGAAACUUGAUCUAGAAGAGGCUCGAAACGCUUAUCGUGUGCAGAUUCAAGACCUCACCACACGGCUUCGCAAAGCCAAUGCUUGAUUUAGGAGCUCCCGCGAAGGAACAUGUUCUUGUUAAAUAUUUUCGCGGUACCCAGAACCCCGUGAGGUUCCGUACGUCGGGAGGGCGGGUACUCUCUAGCUGCGAGGAUUCCCUCAGCCGUGAAGGAUCGUCGAGUUUUAAGUUCUGGGGGCCGCAUAGCAUCGACGGUUUGUUAAGUUGCCGAAUUUACGCAUGUGGUAGAUUUUAUGAGCUAUCGUUAUUUUUCCACGCUUGAGCCGCACUAGUCAGUAACGAGACCUGCGCCAGUGUUUUAUAUAGGAUGUACAUAUAUCCAACGGGAAGCAUGAAACCAGGGAAAGGGAGAUGUUUCCCUCUGUCUUAUGUGAAUAAACUAUUUGCUAAUUAU